AUGCCCGUCGGCGGCGAGUCCAUGGUUGGCUACGUGGAGGACGUUGACGAGGAGCACAGCACCCUCGGCGUGGAGAGCACUCGUCGAUACGCCAGAUCAGCGGCGGCCAGAAGCCCUGAGCGAUCCAACACCGGCAAGCCCAGAUUGCCAGAGUCCGACUCCGAGGAUGAAACAGCUUCGAGCAGCAGCAGCCUCACCGACUCUGACAGCACGCAAGCACCCGUCGCCCGGGACAGGACGAGGCCCCUCCCAGUUGAUCACAGACGCCCAUCGCACAAGGAUCGAGACCUUCACCACGACCCUAGAGAUUCUCGAGACCCUCAUGGCCCCAGAGCAAUUGCCCGAGAUGAUCGCCAAAGACGCGAGAGGAGGCCCAGAGACGACGAAGACCACAGAAGGCCCCGGCCCCAGCCCAAGGACAGAGACCCCAGAGACGCGAGAGAUCUAAGAGACCUCAGAGAGCCCAGGGACCCGAGAGACCCCAGGGGCCCUAAGAAGAGCCGGCCCGGCCCCCCCAAGCAUGCCGCCUCUCAGCCCGUCGUCUCCCAGGGUGGUUAUCGAAGAGGCCAGUUUGAAGAUCCCGCCGCAUAUGGAGUUCAGCAGCUCCAGCAGCCUGCUGCCUCUGGCCAGCGGCCUCGUGCCAAAUCUCGUCCUUCAAGCUACUACGGACAGCCUCCUCGGCCGCCUCUGGACAUGGGCUGGCCUGGACCUCAUGCGCCCCCUCCUCCCCCUCCUGGUCCAUUCCCCAUGGGCAACUUCCCGCCGCCUCACAUGUUUCCUGGCGGUCCCCCAAUGCAUCCUGGCAUGCCGCCGCCCCAGUCUCCCAUGGGCAUGGGCCCGCCUCCCUUCUUUGAUGGUGUCAGUCCCAUGGGACCGCCGCCCCCGGGAGAGCAUCUCAGACAUCGCUUCGAUGGUGGCGGGCGGCCUGCUUCUGCCAUGGGCUUUGGCUCUCCUCCCGAGGCCAUAGGCUACUUUAACGAACACUAUGACGACUACGAGGAAGAACAGGCCCAGAAAGUUGCUCGCCGCCCUUCGCGUCCCAAGAAGGCGCCGCCACCACUGGAGGAGCGCAAGAGGUUGCCGCCUUCUGAGUUUGCUCUCAAGCGUACUCAAUCAGCAAGGCCAACCUCGGGCGCCUAUAAGCCUCCUCCUUCAGCCCGCGAGCCAAUGCGUGAGCCACUGCGCGAGGCACCGCGGGAGCAUAUGCGAGAGCAAGUACGGGAUCAUUUCCGAGAUCAUCAACCCCGGGAGCGCCCGCUGUCUCGACAGGGCCAUCCGCGCCCACCGCCAUCGCACCGCCGGUCUGUGGGCUUUGUGGACCAGCAUGCCUUUGACGAAGACGACUUCCCGGGUGAAGAGGUGGACUUCUACCAAGAGGUCUCUCCUAACCAGCGCCGUACCGCCCUCACUCGACCUCGACGCAGCAGCUCCGUUGCGUAUGAUCAGCACGGCUAUGACAUUGUCCCUGCUGGCAACCGGGGCCGCCGCUCAUCCAUGUAUGGACCCGGCCCCGGGGAGUCUGGCGGCGUCAGCCUCGAGGAGACCGGCAAGUACUUUGAUGCUCUGCGGUAUCAGGAGGACGUGAGCGGAGGUGCGCCGAUGCCCUUGACGGCUGAGACUCUGCGCAAGGCAUCCAAGCGUGGAGAGCUGGCCAGCAGCCGAUCCACCAGGAGCAGCGGCAGCCAUGACGAAAGCGACUACAGGCGAAGCAGCCACACAACUGGACUCACCACGCAAUCCUCGGCAGCCCACAAUGACGAUUUCACCAUCAAGGUCUCUGGCCAGGCGGUCGUCAAGGUUCCCGGCGGCCCCCAGAUCGAGUGCGAGGGUGGUGAGAUUACCUUUAGCAGCAGCAGAGGAGCCGGAGCCGGACCUGGCUCAGGAAUGCCAGGCGCUUCUCGUGCUGGCAGCGACAAGGAAAGCACCGUCUACCAGCUUGAUGAUGCGCGUAGCUCUCGCAUGGACCGCAAAGCGCUGCCGCACCGCCCUCGCGCAACCAGCCAGUCUGAUGUCCACAGCCGCAUCUACGCUCCGAUCCACGCCCCGUACGAGCAUGCCCCGUACGAACCUUAUGAGCCAUAUGAGCACAUUACUUAUGAACAUGCUCCCUACGACCCAUCCCUUGCUGCCUCCAACUUUUAUUAA